UUGCGAUUUCCAAAUAAACUAAAAUAACGAAACCAAACGAAUCGUCUUCAUCUCCCCCAAUCCUUCUUCUUCUCUGCCAUGAGUGAGACAAAACCCUAGCAAGAAAUUGAUUCUGGAACUGUUUUAGGGUUUACCCUAAUCCAUCAUCCUAAUGGAUAACCACUCCUCUCACCUCACGGCCCCCAACCGUUCUCGGAGCUCCCAGUCUCCGUCCCCUUCACAUUCGGCCUCGGCCUCCGCUACCUCCUCCAUGCACAAGCGCAAGCUGCCGCCUGAAGACCACGCUCCGCCCUUCCCUCCCUCCUCCUUCUCUGCCGACGCGCGAGACGGUGCACUCACCUCCAACGACGAUCUUGAGAGUAUCUCCGCCCGAGGCGGUGGCGCCGAUUCCGACUCCGAUGAAGAGUCCGAGGAUGUUGCCGUUGACGAUGAUGAGGACUUCGACAACGAGUCCAUGCGUAAUUUCACCGCUGCACGCCUAGAGAACAGCGGCGGCUCGGCGCGCAACACGAAGAUGAAGACGGAGACUGCCAGUGUCAAAAUUGAGAAUUCGGAUAAUGGCAAAGACGGUGUUGGUACUGCCGGAACAGGUGCCGGUGGUCCCGGCUCCAAUGCCAGCACGGUUCAGGGGAUAGUGGUGAAAGAAGACACCACCAAAAUAUUUACGGAAAAUUUACAGACCAGUGGUGCUUAUAGUGCUAGAGAAGAAAGUUUAAAAAGAGAGGAGGAAGCGGGAAAACUCAAGUUUGCUUGCUAUUCAAACGAUGGUAUUGAUGAGCAUAUGGUCUGGUUAAUUGGUUUGAAAAAUAUUUUUGGGAGGCAACUACCAAACAUGCCGAAAGAGUACAUUGUUCGUCUCGUUAUGGAUAGAAGCCACAAAUCUGUUAUGGUUAUUAGACGCAAUCAUGUUGUUGGUGGCAUCACCUAUCGACCGUAUGUCAGCCAAAGGUUUGGAGAAAUUGCUUUCUGUGCAAUCACGGCUGAUGAACAAGUUAAAGGCUAUGGUACUAGACUGAUGAAUCAUUUAAAACAACAUGCACGAGAUGUUGAUGGGCUAACUCAUUUUCUGACUUAUGCUGACAACAAUGCUGUUGGCUAUUUUAUUAAGCAGGGUUUUACAAAGGAGAUUCACUUGGAGAAAGAUCGCUGGCAAGGGUACAUAAAAGAUUAUGAUGGAGGAAUCCUUAUGGAAUGCAAAAUUGAUCCAAAGCUUCCAUAUAUUGACUUGUCAACUAUGAUUCGCCGCCAGAGACAGGCAAUUGAUGAAAAGAUAAGAGAGCUCUCGAACUGUCACAUUGUUUAUCCGGGGAUUGACUUUCAAAAGAAAGAAGCUGGUAUUCCUAAGAAACCUAUCAAAGUUGAGGACAUUCCUGGCUUGCGGGAUGCAGGCUGGACACCUGACCAAUAUGGCUAUUCACGGACUGGUAUUUUGAGCGCAUCAACAGAAAAUGGGAGAAAGCAUUUGACUGCAUUCAUGCGCUCACUUCUAAAGUCUAUGCAUGACCACGUUGAUGCAUGGCCAUUCAAAGAACCAGUUGAUUCACGUGACGUUCCUGAUUAUUAUGACAUAAUCAAAGAUCCCAUGGAUCUAAGGACUUUGUCAAAAAGGGUAGAGUCGGAGCAAUAUUAUGUUACACUAGAGAUGUUCGUUGCGGAUGUCAAGAGGAUGUUUGUCAAUGCACGCACCUACAACUCUCCUGAGACUAUUUAUUACAAAUGUUCAUCAAGGAUGGAAACCCAUUUUAUGAGCAAAGUUCAUUCGAGUCUCCAAGCUGGUACUAAAAUUCAGCAGCAGUGAAUUUAAAAAGUGCACAUCAUCAAUCAUAUUUAUGCUGCAGAUCUUGGAUAGCAUAAUCUUUAGUGAAUUGUUAAUCUAUAUAUCGCUCAAGACAUCUAUUUUAGAUAGAAUAAUCUUACACUCGUUAACAAAUUUAUUGAUUAUUUAUACUCUUCAUUUUCUUUUAGUAGAAUUUUAAGCAUCGAUGUUCCAUAUAAUUCCAUAUUUAUCAUGUCAUGUAUGAUAGUUUUACCCAGUGUAGCAUUUUCGUUACGUGUAUAAAUGAAAGGACAAUGGAAUUACAACA